UAUUUAAGAUUUAAGAUUUUCCUUCUGUGUUUUCUUCGCAUUCUCGUCGCCGCUGUUGUCUUCAGGUGCGUUUCCUGGAGCAGCAGAACAAGAUGUUGGAGACCAAGCUGGAUCUCCUGCAGGGUCACGCCAUCAGUCGCUCCAACGUGGAGCCGCUCUUCGAGGCCUACAUGGCAGGACUGAGGCGACAGAUGGACCUGGUCAACAACGACAAGACCAAGCUGGACGGAGAGCUGAGGAACAUGCAGGGCCUGGUGGAGGACUACAAGCAUAAGUACGAGGAUGAGAUCAACAAGAGGAACAACCUGGAGAAUGACUUUGUCAUCCUGAAAAAGGACGUGGACUCGGCCUAUCUGGUCAAGGCUGACCUCGAGGACAAAGUGGGAGCCCUGACCGAUGAGAUCAACUUCCUGCGUAACAUCUACGACGAGGAGCUGAGGGAGCUGCAGGCCAGCAUCAAGGACACGUCCGUGGUGGUUCAGAUGGACAACAGCCGAAGCCUCAACAUGGAGGCCAUCGUGGCUGAAGUUAAAGCCCAGUACGAGGACAUCGCCGCCAGGAGCAGGGAGGAGGCGGAGGCCUGGUACAAGAGCAAGUUUGACCAGAUGUCAGUUCAGGCCAGUCAGUUCGGAGACGAGCUGCGACUGGUUAAAGGGGAAGUGGCCGAAGUCAAUCGACUCAUCGGUCGGCUGCAGAGUGAGAUCGAGGCCAUCAAAGCACAGCGUUCAGGUCUGGAGAACCAGCUGGCUGAGGCUGAAGAACGUGGAGAGUUAGCCGUGAAGGAGGCCAAGACUAGAACCAGAGACCUGGAGGACGCUCUGCAGAGAGCUAAGCAGGACAUGGCCCGGCAGCUGAGAGAGUACCAGGAUCUGAUGAACCUGAAACUGGCUCUUGACAUAGAGAUCGCCACCUACAGGAAGCUGCUGGAAGGAGAGGAGGACAGACUGGGACAACAGUCCAUCCUUAGCAUUCACACAAUGUCCAGCUACAGCACCAAAAAUACCAACGGUUACCACAAUACUGUUGGAGGCAGUGGAUCUCCUGCUCCCAAGUUGCUGAUAAAAACGACUGAGACCAGAGAUAACAGCAGAUACAGCACUCACUGAGGAGACAAAUGAUGAGCAUCUUUAAUCUGCUCAAGUGGAUUGAAUUAAUUAAAUUGACAGAGAGUGACGUCAUUCUUAAGAUAAAAUCACUAGUAUUCGCUGUGAUGCAUGUUGAUGUGUUAAGCUUACUGUGCUCUAGGGGGUUGAUUGUUCUUCCUUAAAUAAGUCAGCUUAAAUGUGUUCAUUAUUGUUGUAUGUCUCUGGUUCUUUCUGGUACAACCUCUGCUGUCUCACGAUCAUUUCUGUCUCAUUUAAUUUCUCCUUAUUUUAAUCUGUGGUGACAGAGUAAGAAAAUAUAUUGUUAAUGUAGUGUGACAAAUGUUUCUUGGAUAAGCUGUGCUUUGUCAGUGGUUUGUUAGUUUGAGGUUUUACACAGGUUUUCAAACAAAUCUUAGAAAUGUAUUUUAAUUACUUGAAUCUGCAGGUGGUGAUAUCCUACUUUUGAAAGUCAUCUGUACUGAUUUUGCUUUGACACAAUAAAAUUGAUAAAAUCUGAAAUCGUUUUCAUUUUUGAGUAGAAACUCUGACCCUUACUUAAAAUAUACAACUCGAUCAGUACUUUUAAUUAUAUUAUUACUAGGAAAGUGGAAAGUGAACUAUUUGUCAUUGUGACACAGCACACCACUGCACACAACGAAAUGUAACCUGCUUUUUACCCAUCAUUAAGGUAAACAGGGUGCAGCUUUGAGCCCAGGGAGUGGUGUGUGAGAUGUACCAUGCUCAGAGCACCUCAGUGGUAACUUGGCAGCUUAUAAUUAUUAUUAUUAUUAUUAUUAUUAUUGGAUUUAUUGGUAUUAUUAUUAUCAUCAUCAUUAUUAUAGUCGAUAAUAAUAAAU